AAAAGACGAGCAGUUCGACCAGAUCUUUUUUUUUUCACUCAUUACACAUAAUCAAGUCCAUUCCUUACUAAAGCAAAGCUCCCAGCCUUCUUACUUAACCUUCUUCAUCUCUCUCUAACAACUCGUCAUCUUACAAUGCGUUUCUUCACCUUGACCGUUGCUGCUCUUAUGGCUGCCAUGACUGUUCACGCUGCUCCCGCUGCUCCUGCCCAAGGUGCCACUUCUGCUCUUGGCUCUACUGCCCUGGCCGGCACUGCUUCCAGCCCUCUCAGCCUCAGCAACAUCCAGCUAACCCAGUGCGUCACCCAGAUUGUCAACCAGAACGCCAAGACCUGCGACCCAAGGACUCUUGUUCGAGGCUUGGACUCUGCUGCUUUCAACGUCCUCAACAUUGUCGGAAACACCGUCGACGGUCUUCUUGUUUCCAUUGAUGGCCGCAUCCUCCACUUGGAUAUCCUCACUGAAUUGGUCACCAAGGCCACCGGCAUUCUCAACGACAAGGGCAUAACGAUCACUGUUGACGCGGUUCUCCAGGUCGUCGUUGGUUUGGUGCAGCAGUGCCCCACCGGUGAAAUCACUUCCAAAGUCUUGAGCAAGAUCUCCAUCACUCAAGUCACCUCUGUCCUCAACCUCAAGCGUGAUGGCGGCGUCCUUGAUCCCGUUACUGGACUUGUUGCCACCCUUCUUGGUCCCAGCGGCUUGUCCUUGGACGAAGUCAAAGCUCUCGUUGGCAACACUCUCAAGGGUUUGGGCGUUGCUCCCAUUGUCAACAAUCUCACUGCCACGGUCAAGUUGGAAGUUUGCUCGGUUCUUGAGAACGUCAACAUUGUCCAGUGCGACCAGGUGUUGGCUAUCCUCGGCAAGGAAGGCUCUUUGCUCUGUUUUUUCAUAUCUCCAUCCAUCCUCUUUCCUAUCCAUCUCUCUCUGUUGUUGUUCAGCACAUAUACUAUUUUUGCUACCAGUAUAAUAAAAGAAUCUCUUGUUCCAUACAAGCUAUAAUGAGUCUACGAGACUAUCUACACCGACUGUAAGAAUAAUGACUCCUUUUAUACGA